GUGACGCCAUCACGCCGUUCGCGCAGCCCCACCCCCUGCAGAGCCCCGGACUCGCUCAGGAUCUGCCGGUUUCCCUGAAACCCGGAAUGUGAGGCCCUCCGCCCGGGGCCCGUCCCUCUCCCUUCCCCUUCCCUCCCCCUCACCCGCGCCCGGCACCGGCCGCCCGCCCCUCCCGGAUCGCUCCCCCGUCCCCCGGGGCCGCCCUCGCCCUCCCGCUGUGGGCCGAGUCCUCCCUCGUGACUGCCGCCGCCCAGCCGAGUCCUCCGGGGCCAGGGGAGGAGCUCGGCACGGAGGGAGGCGGGGGCCGGCGACGGCGGCGGCGGAGGAGGAGGCGGAGGCAGAGGCUGAGGCAGCGGCAACCCCUGGAGGAGCCGGAGCAGCCGCAGGAGCAGCCCCGGCAGCCCCGGCCCCGGCCGCAGCAGCAGCAGCUGGGGGAGGAGGAAGAGAAGGAGGAGGAGGGAAGGAAGAUGGCGGCGGUGGAGCUGGAGUGGAUCCCGGAGACGCUCUACAACACCGCCAUCUCUGCCGUGGUGGACAACUACAGCCGCUCCCGCCGCGACAUCCGCUCCCUGCCCGAGAACAUCCAAUUCGAUGUCUACUACAAGCUUUACCAACAAGGCCGUUUAUGUCAACUGGGUAGCGAAUUUUGUGAAUUAGAAGUUUUUGCUAAAGUGUUGAGAGCUUUAGAUAAAAGACAUUUGCUUCAUCACUGUUUCCAGGCUUUGAUGGAUCAUGGUGUGAAAGUUGCUUCUGUCUUGGCCUAUUCAUUCAGUAGACGGUGCUCUUAUAUAGCAGAGUCAGAUGCUACAGUCAAAGAAAAAGCAAUCCAGAUUGGCUUUGUUUUAGGUGGCUUUCUCUCAGAUGCAGGUUGGUACAGUGAUGCAGAGAAAGUUUUCCUGUCCUGCCUUCAGUUGUGUACCCUACAUGAUGAGAUGCUUCAUUGGUUUCGUGCAGUAGAAUGUUGUGUGAGGUUGCUACAUGUUCGAAAUGGAAACUGUAAAUAUCAUUUGGGUGAAGAAACAUUCAAGUUAGCUCAAUCUUACAUGGACAAGCUUGCAAAACAUGGUCAGCAAGCAAAUAAAGCUGCUCUCUAUGGAGAAUUAUGUGCUUUACUCUUUGCAAAAAGUCAUUAUGAUGAGGCUUAUAAAUGGUGCAUAGAAGCUAUGAAGGAAAUCACAGUUGGAUUGCCAGUCAAAGUAGUGGUGGAUGUUUUACGACAAGCUUCAAAGGCUUGUGUAGUAAAACGUGAAUUUAAGAAGGCAGAACAGUUAAUAAAACAUGCAGUGUACUUAGCACGGGAACAUUUUGGAGCCAAACACCCAAAAUAUUCAGAUACACUGCUAGAUUAUGGAUUUUACUUACUCAAUGUAGAUAAUAUCUGCCAGUCUGUUGCAAUUUAUCAGACAGCCCUUGAUAUUCGACAGUCAGUAUUUGGAGGAAAAAAUAUCCACGUAGCCACAGCGCAUGAAGACUUGGCUUAUUCUUCUUAUGUUCACCAGUAUAGUUCUGGAAAAUUUGACAAUGCACUAUUCCAUGCAGAACGAGCCAUUGGAAUCAUCAAUCAUAUCCUUCCAGAAGACCAUCUUCUUUUGGCUUCCUCAAAGAGAGUGAAAGCACUUAUUUUGGAGGAGAUCGCAAUUGACUGUCAUAAUAAGGAAACUGAACAGAGGCUGCUUCAAGAAGCUCAUGAUUUGCAUCUGUCUUCACUCCAACUGGCUAAAAAAGCUUUUGGGGAGUUUAAUGUUCAGACUGCAAAACACUAUGGCAACCUUGGGAGACUUUAUCAGUCUAUGAGAAAAUUUAAGGAAGCAGAAGAAAUGCAUAUCAAAGCAAUUCAGAUUAAAGAACAACUUCUUGGUCAAGAAGAUUAUGAAGUAGCUCUUUCAGUGGGACAUCUGGCUUCUUUGUAUAACUAUGACAUGAAUCAAUACGAAAACGCAGAGAAACUUUACUUGAGAUCAAUAGCAAUUGGGAAGAAACUUUUUGGUGAAGGCUACAGUGGACUAGAGUAUGAUUAUCGAGGUCUCAUUAAACUUUAUAAUUCAGUUGGCAAUUAUGAAAAAGUAUUUGAAUACCACAAUAUUCUUGCCAAUUGGAACCGUUUGCGGGAUCGUCAGUUUUCAGUGACAGAUGCUCUGGAAGAUGUAAACACCAGCCCGCAGUCCACUGAAGAAGUGGUUCAAUCUUUCCUGAUGUCUCAGAAUAUUGAAGGACAGAGCUGCUGAGGGUGAACCUCAAUUAACCAAUUUACCUUUUCCCAGAUUCCGGGGGAAUUCAUACUGUGAAAUCAAAACCAUAUAGUUUUCUGGGGCUGGAAUUUGCGUUGAAACACUGGUCCAGUCCAUUGAAGACCCUGUUUGGGUAACCCCUGUCUCACAGAGUGCCCGUAGGAAUAAGCGCGUAUUCAAUUUCUUAUCAGCAUGUACAGCAUGUGUAGUAGUCUGGCUCACAUUUUCAACCUAGUAGAACAAACACCAGAAGAUCCUAUUUUUUUCUUUUUCAAAGGAAGUCAUUUUGCAGAGAGCCUGCAAGAAAAACCCUAAAUAAAACUAUUUAAGAGUUUAAAAGAGUUGCAUUCUUAUUAUGAAAGGAUGAUUUUAACAACUGUUUUUAACAAAUAAUUCUUCCAUGUGGAGGUAUUCAAUACUGUAUUGUAAAAAGAUUUUAUGGAAAACAGUCUUUAUAUGCAAUAUAGAAAAGUUAAUCACAAGUACUAAUGAAAGAGGGAUAAUCCUGACUUAGGUUUGGCUGCCUUACCAAGGGGAGUAGAGAAGAACCAUUCCAGAAACAUGUUGUGAAUCAUACUAUGUUGCAAGGGAAGGACUGUUAGAUCAUCUGAACUGGACCAUUGUUGAUCUGUAAGUAAUAGAAGAUCUGGUAGACCAGCAAUCUUUGCUUUUUGGGUUUUUUUUUGGGGGGGAGGGGGAUGUAUUUUUUUUUUUUAAGGUUUUAGGAUUUUUUUGGGGGGGAGAAGGGGUUAGAGUACAGCAGCCGCAAGACUCUAAUGGUAUUUUAUGACAGGACCAGGAAGAUCUAAAGAGGACCAGUCUUUAUAGCCUGAGGUUAUUUGGACCAGUGGCUUUAAUUAAUAUUUCUGCCCCUGCAUAUACACUUUACCAGUAGAAUAAUUUCAUUUAGAUGUAUGAUGAUCAAUGAUAUGCAAAAAUUAUAUUCAUGUAAUAAUUUUUUUAAAAUACUAGGAAUGAAGUGUUGACAGUGGCAUGUCUUUAGUAAAGGUACACAAUGUUGAUGCCAUAAGCAACUCUAGAGAUGCUUAAAUAUCUACCACAGCCACCCUUCUCCCCUACCACUCUCUUUAAAUAAGUUUACCAGUGAUUGGAACAGGAACAUAUAUACUGGCAAAUAAUUUUGUGGAAAAAUCCAGUUCUAUAUAUGAGGACUUCAUCUUACUAUAUGUUUUGGAGCAGAAGGGGUUAUUGAAGAAAGGGAGGUAUUCCCCAAAAGCACAAUAGGUCUUUUUGUGAUGCUUCAUUUCUGUAAUGAAUAAUCAUACAACCAGAAACAUAUUUGCUAGAAAAGCAUUAAUUAUGAAGUUCCCCUAAUACUAUAUGCCUGUUUCACUAGCUUGUCUUAAUUUUCAUUUAUUGGGUUUUAAGGUGAUUUGGGGGGGGGGAAGAAAGUCGGGUUAUUUAAUAUUGAGGUAACACAAAUUUGGUGACGUUUGUCAUGUAGCAAUUUAGAAAUAAAAAUUUUGCUAUUACCUCAAUUCUUAUUAUAGUGGCACAAAUUGUGCUUCUAUAGUUAAGCAUCUGGAUUUUCCCCCCUAUUUUCAGGGGUUUCAUGAUUUGGCUGUUGAGAUUUUACUCCUAGUUGAAGCUUGGAGUGAUGCUUGUAUGAGUGACUGUAUUUUUGUUUUAGCAUUAGGGGUGGGGUAGAAACGUACUUAAGGAUCUCCCAAGUUAAGUGCAAAAAAAAUAAAAUAAAAUGAAUUAAAUGA